GGUUUCUAUGGAAACCUCAGACUGCAACAGAACACGGAGCUCGAGGUGUCCGACUCAGAUACAAGUUUUAGACCCCAUAAUUUUAUCAUUUAACUAUUUACUGCGUGUUAAGGACACUAAAAGAGCACUGAACCCUACCAGGAUUGUUCUUCUAAUAAUUCGGUGAGUAUUUGUGAACUAUUUUGCAUUUGAAGCCUUAGCUUAGACCACCGAGUGUUACCUGUGAGGGGCAAAGGCGGCUUUCUUGACUAAAUGAAACUUUAUAUAGUUCCGCCAUUUGCCUGCUGGACUGCUUUGUAGUGCCAUGUGGCUUCAGACAGGUAGACUGCAAAGGUAGACAGGUAGACUUUAUAAGCAUUACUGCCUGUAAAGUUUGCACUCUUCACUCAUUGGCUGUAUUGAUAGUUUGUUAAAUGCUCUCGAUCGAUGCACGCGCACUUUUGCCAAGUCUACCAAUGAGCAACUAUUGACGAGUGAGUGACCUGCACCAGUAAGAUUUGUUCAUUAAACCUAAAAAUCUGUAAGGCUCAGCAGAGGGGAACAUAUACGGCUAACAUGUAACUGAAUUAUAUACGGUAUAAGCCUGCUGUUCCUGCUGCAUUAUAAGCUGUUAACCUUUGUGAGUGAGUUACUUCUCUGUUUUACACGUUUGGUUUAAAGUUCAUGAAAGACCCAGUUACACAUUACCCUGAAAUUUGGGCAUUUAUCACAAAUUUUACUCACCACCCACAUUGACAAACGUAAAUGUUUAUCUAAAGUUAACAUUACUUUUUGGCAACGUUUCUAUUUCUUGAGAAGUUUUUUGAGAACUAGAAUGAUCAAAACAGGAUUCACUCUAUGUAUAUAAAUAAUUGGGCGGUACAAAAACAUACUCUCAAACAGAAUACAACAAAGUACUUCAGUGUUUAAAUACUAGUAUUCCAAGAUUGAUAGGCUGUACCUGUCUGGUAAUGUACAUAAAGGUGUAGGUUGCAGUUCUUAAAGUACUGAAUAGAGACUUAAACUCUCCGCUACACCAGUGGUUUUCAACUGGUGGGUCCUGACCCAAAAGUGGGUCACGGACACCCAGUCAAUAAGUAAAUAUUUAAUGUGAUAUUUAUUAGAUAUUUGAUAUUUUUUGUACAUGCAACUUCAGUAGUUGUCGUCCUCAUGUUGUCCCUUCAUGUGCUUUGAAAUGCACUUUAUUCAAUAAAACAAGUGGAUUUAUGUUAAAGAUUAGAGUCUUUAAAUUUUUUUUUUUUAAUAUAAAAAUUUACUUGCUUGGUUUGAAUUCUAUAAAAGUGGGUCACGACUUAAGGACCAUGGGAAAAUGUGGGUCCCAGACUGAGACCAGUUGCGAACCACUGCUCAACACUGAGUUGGUUUUGGGCUAUGUAACUAUACUGAGCCACAUAAUUUUAUCUCAGCUCUCAGUGCCGAGUUUUUUAAUAUUGAUUUCUGUUAUAUCUUUCAGCCCUGGCACAGCUUCUGACCCUGAAAGUUUCUGAAGGAGAAAUGGAGAAUAGCUCUCACACACUGCCUCCACCAUCACUUUGUUCUAACACUUUUGAAGUGUCUCUGCCUUUCUCCUCUUCACCUCAGCGGACAUAUUGCCGUGUCUCACUCCCACCUUCACCCAUUUCAUUUCCUUCAUCCCCGUCCUCGCUUUCUCCAGCAACAGCAGAGUCUAGUCACUCUUCCUCCCCUCUUUCACACUGUAUAGCUCCUCAAUGUCUUGAAGGACAAAACAUACAGUGUCUCACCCCAGCAAACAUUUCUGACCAAGAUGAUCUUACCUGCCUCAACUGGCUGCACCAGAGGGGCAAUCUACUGCCACUGCAGCCCCUUCCCAGAACACCAACACUACCUCAGCUGGAGCCAUCACAACCCAACCAACCACUGGUCUCGUCCAAGCCCCCAUACUCUUUCAGCAGUCUGAUUUUCAUGGCAAUCGAGGACUCACCUCAGAAGAGGCUGCCUGUGAAAGACAUCUAUGAUUGGAUUGUCAGCAAUUUCCCAUUCUACAGGACGGCCUCCGGAGGCUGGAGAAACUCUGUAAGGCACAACCUAUCCCUGAGUAAGAGCUUCCGCCGUAUUCAGAGGGACAAGAGCCAGGUGAGGAUAUGACUACCAUAUGGCGUGACCAAAGAGGUUGUUUUUGUAUUACCGGGCAGGGGUUUAUGCAUUCAUAUCUGAGUGUAUUCAUUCCUCUGAAAGACCUUGAGCAAUAACUGAUACCAGAUGUGCUGCUCACAAGUCAGCAGUUAAACUGCUCUACAGGGAAAUUUUUCACUGUACUUCACAUGUAUUACAAAAGUAGCAGGGUUUCAUGUGUCACAGUUGCUUAAGGUUUUGGUGUGUUUGUGUUCCAGUCGGUGGGAAAAGGAUCUCUGUGGUGUGUGUGUCCUGAGUACCGAACAGCACUCCUUGAAGUACUGAGGAAGACCCAUCGCUAUCACAGCACUAACAGCAAUCUUUUAAACAAGUCUGCACUGUGAGUAUAUCCAUUUUCUAAAACUUGAAAAUGUUGAAAAGUGUUUUGUCCAACUUUACUUAAACAGCAACAGAAAAAAAUGCGAAUCAGUGAUUUCAACAAAAGUGUUUUUUCAUAGAUUUAAACCAAAUGACUGAAUUUUGGACUCAAAGUACAAAACACGCAACUUAUGUGUGUUUGACAUUAAUUAAUUAUGGUAAAAAAAAACAUGCAGAAUAAGUGGAACAACCAUUAUUAGUUGCUGCCAAACAUGACAUAACUUCAGUUUGCCUUGUUUCUUCCGGUAAUUCAGGAAUUUCUUCUCAUUCUUGCCAAAGGGCUUAAAUAUAUCAUUUGCAAGAAAUUUGUAUUUGAAAGUGUUCCCGUGCUGAGUAGUGCUUAAAACAACCCUUCUGAUGUUGUCUAACUUUCUUGUCAUGUUGUGUGCAGGUUAGAAGCGGAUGAAUUUGGUUUGCCUGCUGUGUGUGACUCUCUUGAAAUCUCAGGUUAGUACUGAUGGUGAGACUCCCAGCAUACUUCAGCCACUUAUUUAACACAUCAACAAACAUAUCUGACCCUUUAGACAUUUCCUGUAGACAACAGCAUUAAAUCAAUGGUGAAACAGCUUUCUGUGACAUUUUAUUACACGCAGCUCUUCUCCCUUAGUAGCUUUCUCAGCAUGUUCCUGUGUUUGUGUUCUGUUGUCAGGGCAACAACCUUCUAUUACCGUGGCAACACAGCAAUAGCCUAGCUUAGUCCUUUUUAUGCCCACUUGGUUUGUUUGAGGGCCUAUGUGCUUUGUGAGCUCACUAAAAUAUAUGACAAGUGGCAGCUGAGUCAGGCUGUACGAUAUCAUAUUGUUGUUAUUAAAAUGUUCUUUUUCGCUGUUUUCUCUUACGCAGAUCCUCUCUCUCACACACUCCUCCUCUCCUCGCCCUCGCCUCAAGCCCUGUCCAUAGAUAACCCGUCUUUCUCUGACAACCCAACAUGCUCUUUGACCCCUGAUCAUGAGGAGCUCGUCACCAUGGAGUCAGUGGACUACCAACAUGAGGAGGUCUGCGAGGAGAUAGAAAAGGACCCUCUGUCUGAUAGUGGGUACAUCGAGUUACACUAUUAUGAAUCUCAGCAGUACCUGUUACUGCCAACUGAUACAGAAUUGGACCUGGAGACCGUAGAGAUCCUUCAGCUGGAUGCUGAAGCUCAAGAGGCUGCUGGGUCACUGCUGGACCUGGCAGGGGGAGGAUAUUAAUGUUUUAUCUCAUUGAAAAUCCUAACUAAAGAAACAUUUUGAUCAAUUGUGAGCCGAAAAAUCAACAAAAACUUGGACUUAUUUUCUGACGGCUUGAUAAGGAAGACAGACUAUGACAAUGUUUUUAAACGCAGCCGCUGCUCUCUGAGAUGCUGACACUGCCCUAUAGCUUGUGUUUCAUUUUUUGUAGUUUGGUUCAGGUAUAAAUAAUCUUUGUAAUGAACUAACAAGACUAUGGAUACAUCCCAAUUCUGAUGUAUUCAUGCACUUUCAAUGCAGAUUGGGAAUAACAAAUACUCAACAAAAUUAUGCUUUCAGACUAUAAGUAUUAAAAGACUGCAAACUCUAGUAAGCUUGUAGGAUCUCCACUGUGAUUUUUUUAAACAAGUUUCAGUCUCAGGGGUUGAAGUCCUGCCUCCAGUUCAGGUAGAAGUAAUGUUACCCAAUUAAAUUACUAUUUAUAACAUCAAAAACCUCAAGAAAUAAAAAAAGCUCUUUGGAGGCAAACUGAGCAGGAAACUGAACCACAUUCACAUUUGAUAUAUUUCUGUAUGAACAUGUCAACCAACCAAUUGUUUUUACUGAUCAUCUUUUCUUUUAAAAAAAUUCUAAGGAUACUUUAAUAGAGGUGAAACAUAUCAGACAAACCUUGGUUUAAUUUAUUGUUUCCUCCUAAACUCUGUAACUUCAGCAUAGUAUGAAAAUGCUUCCUUUCGUAAAGUAGUUUUGUAUGACACUAAAUAAAAAUGUUUAAUUUAUAAUUUAGCUGCAAUUGUACAUUGUAAGCAAAUGUGGGAAAGCACUUAGUUACAGUAAUGCUAGUACUUUCAAUUUUAUAUCUUGAUAUUUUAUAUUAACCAGCUUAAAUAUGAAAAUGAAUUUCCCUUCAGGAUCAAUAAAGUUCUCCUUAUCUUAUCCUGUGGAGUCCCUAAAUGUGUUAAAGUUUCCUGUGGACUUGAACACUGGCUUUAAUCUUGUAAACUAAGCUUGACAGUUCUUAUCAACAAAACAGUUUUAAAUCUAAUGUAAAAUGUAUUCACUGCCAUUUGAACAUCUUGUCAUUUCAGGGUACGAUUGUUGUCUACAUGUACAUCUUGUGCAUUGUUGAAAGUUGUUUUUGUAAUCUAACAAAUAAAAGUUUUCCCAUUUUAUGGUCA